AUCGGCCGCCGCCGCCGACGCCUGGCAUGUUAGCUCCUGUCUCGCCGCCAAUCGAUCCGUCAUUUCUGCUUCUUCGUCUCUUUUCCCUCGCCGCUUCAGCUCCGAAUCAGCGGAGACCUCUGUUAAGAAAAAGGUGGAGGAUGUCAUGCCUAUCGCUACCGGACAUGAGAGAGAAGAACUUGAAGCUGAGUUGAAGGGAAGGAAGCUGCUUGACAUAGACUACCCUGAAGGUCCUUUCGGAACAAAGGAAGCUCCUGCUGUCAUUAAGUCCUAUUACGACAAGAGAAUUGUUGGAUGCCCUGGUGGAGAAGGCGAGGAUGAGCACGACGUUGUGUGGUUCUGGCUGGAGAAGGGAAAGCCUUACGAAUGCCCGGUCUGCUCUCAGUACUUUGCGCUUGAAGUGGUCGGCCCCGGUGGUCCGCCAGACGGGCAUGGCGAUGAGGAUGACCACGACCACCACUGAUUCCAUGGUCCUUAUAAUUUUGUUCAGAUUUUAAAAUAAGGAAAUUUGUCCCUCAGGUGAGACACUUUGAAUGCUUUGCUCCUCUUAGAACACACAAUGAAGCAUCAAAGCCCAUAUGCUUAUGCCCUUUUUUUUUUUGGAUUAGUACUACUCUCUCUGUUGUUGACCAUUUCACAACUUAAAUGGGUCAGUAUCAUUCUGUGUAACUUGGGAGAAAUCUGUGCUUUAGCUUUCAAAUUUUGGGUGUGUA